UUGUGUGAGCACAGUGAGGUACGAGGGUCGGGGCUCGGCUCCAUUUCCGGGGGUCCACGCAGGCUUGCGUGCGCGUCUGAAUACGCAUGAGCGCGCAGGCCCUGCGUCCAGCUGGGGAGCCCCUGCCAGGCCUGGCUCUACUACCCCACCUCUUGGAUUCGGGGAGCGUUAAGUCCCCGGUGUGCACACAGGGCGUGUGCAAACGAGUGCAGGCAAGUGAAUCCAGGCGGUUUACUAGACGUCCCCUCUCUGGACCUGUUUCCCCACCUGUAGAAAUGGGGUUACAGGGGCCAGGGAGCGGGUAAGUUGGGGCGCCCCGGAAUGUGAAGCCUCUGCUCCCUGCUUGGACACCUUCUAGGGCUCUCCGUGGUGGUGGUGGUGGUGGUAGUGGUGUAAUGCUCCAACCUUCUAACCCCCUGUCGGGAAGAGGCCCUGUAUGGUGGGUGACUUUCUUAGAGCCACACUGAACUCUUCCCAAGCAACUUACCACUUUCAAGCCUUUGCAUGUGGUCAGUGUCCCCUUCUGUCUUUAGUGAGGACCUACCCUCCAGAAAAGCACCCCCUCAGCCUCUCUGAACCUGCAGAGCUGAGGCUGAGAAUAUGUGUUUGCUGAGCUCUGUCGCCCCGAGACUGGGGGCUCCUGGAACGUGGUCAUCACCCUGCAAACAGCAGCUUCCCCAUUGGCAGCUGCGAAGCCCUCCUGCCAUCCAUCCAUCACCCUGGGCCUCCUGUGCUCAGCUGGCCCAACUCCAUCUCAGGGCUCCCACAGCUCCCUGAGCCCUACCUGCUCUGAGUCUAACUAUCUGGCCAUGUGGCUGCUACCUCCACUCAUCCAUCCUGGACCCUGAAGUUAGGCAGAUCGUAUCUGAGGUUUUGAGUGGUGGCUUCCUGGUGGGACAAAGACCUCCUUGCCCUGAGCCUCAGUUUUCCCAUCUCUAACAGAGCUUGUUUACCCAGCAUGCAGUACGUCUGGGGCAGGUACCCUAAGGAACGACUAUUAUUGCACCCACUUUACAGCUGGGGAAACUGAGACCCAGAGAAGUACAGGAAAUAUCCGAAGGUUACCAAGUCAGCAUCCCCUGCCGACCCUGCCGAGCAUGGUGACAGCCUGUGCCUUCGGCCCCCUCGUCUGGCGCAGCCGGAAGAGCCGCCAGCCUCGGGCGCCGAUGGCCUACCACGUGAGGGAGUGAGUAGCCUGGCCCAGCCAGCCCCUUCGGAUUGAGGGGGCAGCAACUGAGUGACCAGAGAACACACUGCUGAUCCCCUCCCACCAGUUGACCAGUGAUGGAUGGAGCACCAAGUGACCCUUGUAAGGGUUGUGGAAUAAUGACAGGAAGCAAGGCAUGAGCAUCCACUGUAGUCAUCUGUAACUUCUGGAGACAGAGGUCUGAGCCCCUCAAGCCGAUCCAGUGGACCCACCUGGCCCCCACCCCACCUGAUGGGGCCACUGGGGCCCUGAACAGCCACCUCACCAUACAGACCCCGCCCUUCCCACCAUGGCUGGCGCUGAGGGCUUCCAAUACCGUGCACUGUACCCUUUCCGCCGGGAGCGGCCAGAGGACCUGGAGCUGCUGCCUGGCGACGUGCUGGUGGUGAGCCGGGCUGCCCUGCAGGUGCUGGGUGUGGCCGAGGGCAGCGAGCGCUGCCCACAGAACGUGGGCUGGAUGCCUGGCCUCAAUGAGCGUACUCGGCAGCGCGGUGACUUCCCUGGUACCUACGUCGAGUUCCUGGGGCCUGUGGCCCUCACCCGGCCUGGCCCUCGCCCCCGUGGCCCCCGCCCACUGCCUGCCAGGCCCCGAGAGGGGCCCCCUGAGCCAGGCCUCACACUACCUGACCUACCUGAGCAGUUCUCCCCACCUGAUGUGGCUCCCCCACUGUUGGUGAAGCUUGUGGAGGCCAUUGAGCGGACAGGGCUGGACAGCGAAUCUCUCUACAGGCCUGAGCUGCCACCCCCGUGCACAGACUGGUCCCUGAGCGACCUAGAGCAGUGGGACUCGGCAGCCCUGGCUGAUGGCAUCAAGGGCUUCCUUCUGGCGCUGCCUGCGCCCCUCGUGACGCUGGAGGCCGCUGCGGAGGCCUGCUGUGCCCUGCGGGAGGCAGCGGGGCCUGUGGGGCCAACGCUGGAGCCCCCAACGCUGCCACUGCACCACGCGCUCACGCUGCGCUUCCUGCUCCAGCACCUGGGCCGGGUGGCCCGCCGCGCCCCUGCCCCCCGUUCCGCUUUGCGAGCCCUCGGCGUUGCCUUUGGGCCUCUGCUGCUGCGUGCGCCGCCUCCCUCGCCACCAGGGGUCCCACCUGUCGGGACUGAGCCCAACCCCGACUUCCCAGCUCUGCUGGUGGAGAAGUUGCUUCAGGAACACCUGGAGGAGCAGGAGGUCGCACCCCCAGCUCUGCCGCCUAAACCACCCAAGGUAAAGCCGGCCCCUGCAGGGCUGGCUAAUGGGGGGAGCCAGCCCUCCCUGCAGGAUGCUGAGUGGUACUGGGGGGACAUCUCCAGGGAGGAGGUGAAUGACAAACUCCGGGACACACCUGACGGCACCUUCCUGGUCCGAGAUGCCUCUAGCAAGAUUCAGGGAGAGUAUACCCUGACCCUUAGGAAAGGUGGGAACAACAAGCUAAUUAAGGUCUUCCACCGUGACGGGCACUAUGGCUUCUCAGAGCCACUUACCUUCUGCUCUGUCGUGGACCUCAUCACCCACUACCGCCACGAGUCGCUGGCCCAGUACAAUGCCAAACUAGACACGCGGCUCCUGUACCCUGUGUCCAAGUACCAGCAGGACCAGAUUGUUAAGGAAGAUAGUGUGGAAGCAGUGGGUGCCCAGCUCAAAGUCUACCACCAGCAGUACCAGGACAAGAGCCGCGAGUAUGACCAGCUCUACGAGGAGUACACACGCAGCUCCCAGGAACUACAAAUGAAGCGCACUGCAAUCGAGGCCUUCAAUGAAACCAUCAAGAUCUUCGAAGAGCAGGGCCAGACUCAAGAGAAGUGCAGCAAGGAAUAUCUGGAGCGCUUCCGGCGUGAGGGCAAUGAGAAAGAGAUGCAGAGGAUCCUGCUGAACUCAGAGCGUCUCAAGUCUCGCAUAGCUGAGAUCCAUGAGAGCCGCACGAAGCUGGAGCAGGAGCUGCGGACGCAGGCCUUGGACAACCGGGAGAUUGAUAAGCGCAUGAACAGCCUGAAGCCAGACCUCAUGCAACUACGCAAGAUCCGAGACCAGUACCUCGUAUGGCUCACCCAGAAAGGCGCCCGGCAGAAGAAAAUCAACGAGUGGUUGGGAAUCAAAAAUGAGACUGAGGACCAGUAUGCACUGAUGGAGGAUGAGGAUGACCUCCCCCACCAUGAGGAACGCACCUGGUACGUGGGCAAGAUCAACCGGACGCAGGCAGAGGAAAUGCUGAACGGCAAGCGGGAUGGUACCUUCCUCAUCCGUGAGAGCAGCCAGCGGGGCUGCUAUGCCUGCUCUGUGGUGGUGGAUGGCGAUACCAAGCAUUGUGUCAUCUACCGCACGGCCACUGGCUUGGGUUUUGCGGAGCCCUACAACCUGUACGGGUCUCUGAAGGAGCUGGUGCUGCAUUACCAGCACACGUCCCUAGUGCAGCACAACGACGCGCUCACCGUCACGCUGGCACACCCCGUGCGAGCCCCGGGCCCUGGGCCCCCGCCCGCAGCCCGCUGAGCCAUGCAGAGCAGGACUCCAUCCUUCUGUCUCUCUUCUUUAUGAAACUUUCUCUGUCUCAAUCUCUCUCUUGCUUUCUCUGAGUCUCUAUCUCUCCCUGUCACUCUCUUUCUAUCCCCAUCUCUCUGUCCUCUCUGUCUCUCUUAGUCUCUAUACCUCUUAAGUCUCUUUUAGAGGAGCACACCUCCUCCACCCCAUGCCCCCUUUCCCUAUGGGCACUGCCCUCCCCUGGCUCUGGCUGCUCCCACAGGUCCCUAUGGUCCCCCAAGCUCUCCACCUGCCUGUACCUGCCGUGUUUACAAAGGCCCCUGGGGUGCUCAGCCCCAGCCUGGGUACCCUGAUUUUUAAGCCAUAGACCUGGGGUCAGGGCAGGAAGGAACUUCGCUGGGCCACUUCCAAGAACCUCAGCUGUGAUAUUUGGGGCCGGGCGGGUCCCGCCCCACAGACCCAACUUCCCCUUCAAACCCUGAAGUGAAACCUGCCACUGGUUAUCCCCACAAUGGAGCUGCUGCCGAGAAGCCUCCCCCCCUGUCCCCGGCAGAAAACAAAAUUAUUAAAAAUAACCUUGCAAGAUGGCCCUAUCUGAUCUCAGGCCUCCCAGGAAUCAAGGCUGCUCCUGGUACCACUGGGGCAGCCGAGAUGCACCACUGCUCACAGCACCUCCACUUGAUAUCGUUUCAAGGCUUCUUGAUCAUGUUGGGUUCUGAUUUUGUUUCCUUGACUGUAAACCCAUUUUCUCUCCUCUUUUGGGACAAGAGCCCCGGUUUUCUAUGCUGCCGUGGACCCCUUCCUGCCUGCCCAGCUAGGCUGGCAGGUGGGUUUUGUAUGGUACGUUGAUACUGAUAUGGAUAUAAAACAUUGAACUCAG